AUGCCAAUCCUCCAACCCAUCACGACGGACUCCUCCGAGGACAGCGACUCCUCCGAAUCACCGUCCCCUCGCUCCUCGAUCCACAACACCUAUACCCACGAAUCCCACUACAGCGUCUUUGAGAGCUACGGCGAAGACGCCGUGCCCUUCCCCCCACAUGUCGCACCCGUAGAACUGGAGAAGAUAACCACCACAGGUUCUACUUCCUCAAGAUUCAACCAGCGCGCCCAAUCGGUUGUGUCGCGCAUUCGAAGCAGAGAGCCGGGGCAAAUCGCGAAGUUUACGCAUCCGUUGUCGCAUACGAAGACGGGGUCGGAUGUGUUGGUUGAUUUUGAGGGAGUGGAGGACCCGUAUCACCCGAAGAACUGGGUGUUCAAGAAGAAGUGUAUUACGACGGUAUUGUAUGGGUUGACUACUAUGGGCUCAACAUUGGCAAGUGCUAUAUAUACGCCCGGCUUAGCCCAAAUCAGCUCAGAUUUCGGUGCCAGCAAAGAAGUCUGUCUCCUCGGCCUCACCUUCCUACUGCUCGGCUUCGGCUUCGGCCCCCUCCUCUGGGCCCCCCUCUCCGAACUCUACGGCCGCAAAGCAGCCGUCCUGACGCCCUAUUUCCUCGCAGGCAUAUUUGCCUUUGGCACGGCCACGGCAAAGGAUAUCCAAACCGUGCUGAUUACUCGAUUCUUUACGGGGUUCUUUGGCUCGGCUCCAGUCACGAAUACGGGUGGUGUGCUGGGUGAUAUUUGGUCGCCGCAGCAGAGAGGUGCGGCGAUUGUGGGAUAUGCGUUGGCUGUUGUGGGUGGUCCGACGCUUGGUCCGCUUAUUGGGGGUUCGAUUUCUCAGAGCUAUUUGGGCUGGAGGUGGACGCAAUAUAUUACCGGCAUCUAUAUGAUGUUCAUCCUGACUCUAGACGUCAUCUACCUCGACGAAAGCUACCCCCCCGUAUUACUGGUAUACAAAGCCCGGCGCCUACGCCAUGAAACAGGCAACUGGGCCCUCCACGCCAAACACGAAGAAUGGGACGUCACCAUCAAGGAAAUGGCAAACAAGUACCUGAUCCGCCCGUUCGCUCUCCUGAGUACACCAAUCUGUUUCGCCAUCGCUCUAUACGCUUCAUUCGUCUACGGUAUUUUGUAUUUGAACCUCGCCGCGUUCCCAAUUGAGUUUAUAGAGGAGCGCGGCUGGGGCCCGGUUGUGGGCGGGCUGCCUUUUUUGUUGAUGUUGGUCGGCAUCUUGAUGGGUGCAGGCGUGAAUCUCCUCAAUCAACGAUUUUAUAUCAGUCGGUUCAAGAAGAAUAACAACCGCCCUGUCCCCGAAGCACGCCUUCCGCCUAUGAUGAUUGGCUCCAUCGCCUUUGCCUCUGGCAUGUUCAUAUUCGCCUGGACUUCGAGCAAGAGGAUACACUGGAUCGGCCCCAUUAUUGGCGCCGUAUGCAUGGGCCUGGGCUUUUUCACCAUUUUCCAAGCAGCCAUCAAUUAUCUGGUUGACACAUUCCCGCUUACGGCCGCCUCUGCCAUAGCAGCUAAUACGUGUCUACGAAGCAUAUUCGCAGCUGCGUUCCCGCUGUUUGCGGGUGCAAUGUAUCAUAAUCUGGGGAUUGAUUGGGCGGCGAGUACACUUGGUUUUAUUGCGGUGGCCUUGAUUCCGAUUCCGUUUUUGUUUUAUGUUUUUGGGAAGAGGCUUAGGGCUAGAGGGAAGUGGUCGCGGGCUUCGGUUUAUGAGUGA